AUGGAAAAUGAUUUGUCAACUCAUGAAAUCCAAUCAUGUCGUAAAUUGGACUUUGAAGAUGUUGACUUGCAGGAGAUAAAUGAUAAUGCCUUACCUCUUUGUAUUACUGAUGGCAAUCAAGGAAAUCAAAUUUUUCUUCCUUUGGCUAUACCAGAUGACAUGGUCCCGAAACUUGGCAUGGAAUUCGAUACUGAAGUAGCAGCUAGAAAUUUUUACCAAAAAUAUGCCAAAGUAUCUGGUUUUGGAACUCGACUGAGUAAGGGACAUAAAGACAAAAAUGGUGAUAUUAUGUUGGACAAGGUUUUUUGCUGCUUCCAUGAAGGAAAAAGGCCAAAAGACAAACGAAAUAUGAUUGUUAAGUGUCCUCGUCCAGAAACAAGAUGUGAUUGUGGUGCAAGGAUCAGUUGUAGACAAGCUGGAAAAUACCGUGUUGUGCUUUUUGUUGCUGAACAUAAUCAUGAACUAUCAACUCCGAGCAAAACUCAUUUAUUUAGAUCUCAUAGACAUAUGACAAUGGCACAUGAAGCUGAAAUAGAUAUGGUCCGAAGUUGCGGAAUUGCACCAAAACAAUCAAUUGAACUAAUGUCGAAACAAGUUGGUGGACGAGAAAAUCUUGGAUUCAUUCGAGAUGAUUUAAAAAACUACUUACGGUCCAAAAGAUCGAUACCAAUGAUGCAAGGUGACACAGGAGGAGUCCUAGAGUACUUACAAAGGAUGCAAUUAGAGGAUCCAAAUUUUUAUUAUGCCAUUCAAGUAGAUGAAGAUGACUUGAUAACUAACAUAUUUUGGGCUGAUGCAAAGAUGAGAACGGAUUUUGCUCAUUUUGGUGAUGUAGUUUGUUUUGAUACAACUUAUAGAAAGCACAAAGAUGGGAGGCCGAUUGCAUUAUUCGUUGGUGUAAAUCAUCAUAAACAAACUACAGUUUUUGGAGCUGCUUUAUUAUAUGAUGAGACAAUUGGAACAUUUGAAUGGCUGUUUGACACAUUUGCUAAAGCUAUGAUGGGAAAAAUACCAAGAACUAUUCUUACAGACCAAGACGGAAGAAUGGCAACGGCUUUGGCUUCUCAAUGGCCAACAACAUAUCACCGCUUAUGUAUAUGGCAUAUCUAUCAAAAUGCAGCAACUCAUCUGGCUAAUGUCUUUAAAGAUUUUCACAAUUUUGCUGCUAAUUUUAGUCACUGCAUAUAUGACUAUGAAAAUGAGAAUGAUUUUUUAGAGGGAUGGAGUGAAAUGUUAAAAAUGUAUGGUCUGGAAGACAACAAGUGGUUGAAGAAAAUGUUUGAUAUAAAAGAGAAAUGGGCUUUAGCAUAUGGGAGAGAAACCUUCUGUGCCGAUAUGACCACGACCCAACGAAGUGAGUUCAUGAACAGUGUUAUAAAGAAGUAUGUAAGUUAUAAACAUGACUUACUUGAAUUUUUUGAACACUUCCAAAGGCUGUUAGAUGAUCGUCGUUAUGAUGAAUCCAUAGCAGAUUUUAGAGGCAAGCAAAGUACAAAAGCAGUGACAUUCCCUUGUAAGAUUUUAAAGCAUGCAGCGAGUAUAUACACCCAUGAAGUUUAUGAAAAAUUUAAGGAUGAGUUAUGCAAAAGAACUGAUUGUAAAUAG